AUUUAUUUGAAAUAUAAAAAUUGUAUUUCAAUGUUAACACAAAAAUGAGGACAUCAUCGGUUUUUCUAUUAACCGUUUUGGUGGCCCUUGCUGCGGUGGUGAAUGGUAGGCCAAGUUUAGUGCCUGUUGGUGUGGUACCCUCCGGACAUUAUGUGGUAUUACCACCCCAUCCAAAUGUGGUUGUAAGUGUGGCCAGUCCACCAGCUGGACCAGAUGCUGGAGCCGCUGUGGCAGAUGCCGCUGUAGCUGUUGCCGAUGCAGUUCAAAAGGCAGCCGAUCAGGUUAACCAAGCUGUGGAUGCCGUUGUUAAUGCUCCACCUCCAGUACCAGAUCCAAAUGCCGCAGUAAUCGACAGUGUCGUAGCAGUUUCUGAUGCCGCUCAACGUGUCGCCGACCAAGUCAAUCACGCAGCAGAGUCAGUGGCCCUGGCCAAUGCCGACGCUGCCCAAAAAGUCGUUGAAGCCGUACAAGCCCAAGCUGAAGCCGUCAAUGCCCAAGUGGAGGCAUCCGCUGAUGCUGCUGCCAGAGCUGUGGAGGCUGCCAAAGCUGAAAGUGAACGUGCCAAUGCCGCUGCGGCUGAAGCUGCUGCAGCCACAGCUGAGGCUCUGAAUGCUGCCGCUGCUGCUGCAGCCUCUUCUGCUGCUGCCGCUCACGGUCCCGCUGUUGUUCAUGGUCCCGCUGCUGCUGCCUCCUCCGAAGCUGUGGUUGUUGUCGUCCCCCCUCCUGCUGUGCCCGGUGCAAGUGGUAGUCCCGGUCAACCUGGUGGUGCUGGCGGUCCUGGUGGUUUAGGUGGCCUUGGUGGUCUACCAUCGGUUGUAGCUGGUGCCGGUGGAGCUGGCGGUCCUGGUGGUGCUGUUGGAGGUUCCGGCGGUGCUGGUGGUCUGGGUCCUGCUGGCGGCGGUGGCGCUGGAGGUGGUGGUGCAGCUGCUGGUGGUGGCGGAGGCGGUGGAGGUGGUGCCGGAGCUGGUCCUCUAGGUGGUGAUGGUGGCGGCGGCGGUGGAGGCGGUGGUGCUGCUGGCAACAGUUUGGUCUCAGGUGUAAGUGGUGGCAACGGCGGCAAUGGUGGCGGUUCUCCUCUCCUUCUAUGCGGUCCUGAUGGUGUUGAUGGCGCUGAUGGUCCUCCAGGACCUGAAGGCUCAACCGGUGGUCGUGGUGGUAAGGCUGGCAAAGGAGGCUGCGUAGGCACUGGUGGUGGUGGAGGAGGAGGCGGCGGCGGUGGUGCUGCUCCCAAACCAGGACCACAUCCUGCCCCUGUUUGGCCUGAUCCAGUUGUUGUUAAUGUGAUAGGUCAUUGGUAAUUGUGUGACCCGUUCCGAUGUGGCUUGGGAUU